UUGAGCAGAAUCUGUUUGGUGUUUGUCUGAGUAGCUGCAGGAUGGCUACUUUACCAGGAACAGUGCCUCGGAUGGUGCGCCCUGCGCCAGGCCAGAACUACCCCCGAACCGGCUUCCCCUUGGAAGUAUCCACCCCUCUGGGCCAGGGUAGGGUGAACCAGCUUGGCGGAGUGUUCAUCAACGGGAGGCCCCUGCCAAAUCACAUCCGACACAAGAUAGUAGAGAUGGCCCACCACGGCAUUCGACCCUGCGUAAUCUCGCGACAACUGCGAGUUUCUCACGGUUGUGUCUCCAAGAUCCUCUGCCGGUACCAAGAGACCGGCUCGAUCCGUCCGGGGGCCAUAGGAGGCAGCAAGCCCAGGCAGGUGGCAACUCCUGACGUGGAGAAGCGGAUCGAGGAGUACAAGAGAGAAAACCCGGGUAUGUUCAGCUGGGAGAUCCGGGAUAAGCUGCUGAAGGACGGGGUGUGCGACAGAAGCACAGUUCCUUCAGGUGAGGCUUCAUCUGUGAGCUCCAUCAGCCGCGUUUUGAGGGCCCGAUUUGGCAAAAAAGAUGACGAGGAUGACUGUGAUAAGAAGGAUGAAGAUGGAGAAAAGAAAACAAAGCAUAGCAUCGAUGGCAUCCUCGGUGAUAAAUGUAACCGCACAGAUGAUGGUUCAGAUGUAGAUUCGGAGCCUGACUUGCCCCUGAAGAGGAAGCAGAGGCGCAGUCGCACCACCUUCACUGCUGAGCAGCUGGAAGAGCUGGAGAAGGCUUUUGAAAGGACACAUUACCCAGACAUCUACACCAGGGAGGAGCUGGCUCAGAGGACAAAACUCACAGAGGCGAGAGUACAGGUGUGGUUCAGCAACAGACGAGCUCGGUGGCGUAAACAGGCCGGUGCCAAUCAACUAGCAGCCUUCAACCACUUGCUUCCAGGAGGAUUUCCACCCACAGGAAUGCCAACUUUACCCACAUAUCAGCUACCAGAGUCCAGCUACCCCAGCACCACGCUAUCGCAGGAGGGCAGCAGUACAUUGCACAGACCCCAGCCCCUGCCUCCAUCCUCCAUGCACCAGGGAGGUCUGAGUGCUGACAGCAGCUCUGCUUAUGGCCUGUCGUCCAAUCGUCACAGCUUCUCCAGCUACUCUGAUACUUUCAUGAGCCCCUCAGCAUCCAGCAACCACAUGAACCCUGUCGGCAACGGGCUCUCCCCACAGGUGAUGAGUAUCCUGAGUAACCCCAGCGCCGUACCCUCCCAGCCCCAGCACGACUUUUCUAUUUCCCCCCUGCACAGCAGCCUGGAGAGCUCCAACCCCAUCUCAGCCAGCUGCAGCCAGCGCUCUGACACCAUCAAGAGUGUGGACAGCCUGGCCUCAUCCCAGUCAUACUGCCCCCCCACCUACAGCGCCACCAGCUACAGCGUGGACCCCGUCACUGCAGGCUACCAGUACAGCCAGUACGGCCAGACUGCUGUAGACUACCUAGCUAAGAACGUGAGCUUGUCCACCCAGAGGCGGAUGAAACUUGGAGACCACUCAGCCGUGCUGGGACUUCUGCAGGUGGAGACGGGACAGGCCUACUAA